AGUUUGACAUUAAGAUUUUCAUGUGAAUUUAUUAGCAUGCGUAUAAAAGUUAAUUUGUUUAAAUGAUAAUCCAUAUGGGAUUAUAAAAUCAUGAUAGACAAUUAUGUUGCCUAAAUAUGACUAAGAUACUAAGCUAGGUAAUUAACUAGGCUAAUUUUCAUAAUAUUUUAAUUUCUGGAUGAUGAUUGGGAACAUAGUGAACUCUCGACUCCAUGAUUAAUAUAUGUGUUUAUUACCUUAGUCAAUUGAUGCUUAGUUUCAUAGUAUGUAUGUGUGUUGAACAUAGUGCCUUGCGUUUUAUUAUUUUAAUGGUUCUCAUUAUUUUUUUGUGUGUUAAAGAAUGACUACUGCUUCGAAAAACAUUGUUGUUGAGCUUAACAAAGGGUUGAAACUCAAUGGUGACAACUAUGAAACUUGGAGUUUGAAAGUUCAAUAUGUGCUGGAAGAGCAAGAGGCUCUGGAGGCCAUUAACAAUGUCAUGAAUGAGCCUGAGGAUGGCAACACGGUUCAGCAUAGGCGUGACCGUGAAGCGUAUUAUGCUUGGAGGAAAAAGGACUCCACUGCUCGCAUUACGUUGCUAAGCACCUUGGAUGAUGACAUCCUAAGGGAGUUCAAGGAUCACCAAAGGGCUAUGGAACUUUGGAUUGCUUUGAAGAAUAGGUUUGGUACCUGUUCUACUGCAAGGCUAAGAUCCUUGACGAUCAAGUUUGACUCAUACAAGAAACGCCCAGAGCAUUCAAUGAAAACGCAUCUGAGGCAAAUGACAAACAUGAUCGGGGUGUUAAAAGAUGCUGGUCAUGUGUUGACCGAUGAACAACAAAUUCAAGCUGUCAUACGCUCUUUGCCUAGUUCGUGGGAUCAUAUGAAGAUGCACUUGACUCAUAGUGAAAGAAUCACAACUCGGGAAGAUGUCCGGAGGCAUCUUGAGUUAUAGGAGGAAUGACUUGAGGCAGGCUGCAAAGCCAAUAGCUGAGUUGCACAUGGCAACAACCUCCAAAAACAAAGGUGAUCCAAAGCGAAAGAACUGGGGAAAGAAGAGAGGGCCACCUCAAACUCAGCCAGCUCAGCCUGCUAAACGAGCAAAGACUGAAAAAGGAAAGAAUAGACGUCCCAAACGUGUCAAUGUUGCUAAAGUGAAGUGCUAUAAUUGUGACAAGAAGGGUCACUAUGCUAAGGAUUGCUCUGAGCCUCCUAGAAAGACUCGGGAGCAACGGACCACAUAGCUUGGGAGCACAAUGCUUUUGUUGAAUUUCGGUGAGUUUCACGUGGAGCAAAGUGGAUAUAUGUGGGAAACAACAAUAAAGUUGUUGUUGAAGGGAUCGGUACAUGCAAGUUAGUCCUGCGUGGCGGUUGAGAUCUAAUUCUACGUGAUGUCCUCUAUGCACCAACAAUUCGUUGGAAUGUUAUUUCAGUCUCUGUUUUGCUUAGGCUAGGAUUUAGCUUGUUUUUUCAUGACACUUAUCUCAAGUUGACUUAUGAUUCAACAUUAUUUGGUUUUGGUCAUGUGACCGGAGG